AUGAUCAACACAUCAGUGAUUUUAGUCGUACUCUUUACCACUUCUUGUUUUUCAGUUCCACUACCGUCCACUUUCAAAAAAUGCAACAGAAAAGAAGCAGAUUUCAACAAAUGUUUAACGACUGCGGUUCAAGACGCUCUUCACCAGCUUGAUAAACCGCACCCAGAAGUGGGUUUACCCAGCUUAAAUCCUUUCGUUUCUCCAAUAACCACGAUACGAAUUGGUGCUGGCACUUCCGUAGUUCACUUCAGUCAAGUUAUUAGAAAUGUGAAGAUUGACAAAUUUGCAGAAUUUUCAGCCCUAAAUGCCAGCAUGGAUUUCAACACGAACGUUUUACGUCUAGAUGUAGAAUACCCAGUAGUAAAAUUUGAGUUUGACUACGAGAUUGACGGUAAGAUUUUGGUAAUGCCCAUUAGAGGACAUGGUCCUGGUAGUCUUCAAGCCGAAAAUAUGUCAUUCGAAGUAAUAUUUACUUUAGAAGAAAAAAACAAAUAUUAUAAAGUGGUUAACAGUACUAUGGUUUUCAAAAAAUUGGAGGCUAUGAGGAUUAACCUUGAGAAUUUGUUUGACGGAAACAAGGAGUUAGGUGAUAAAAUAAACGUGGUACUGAACGAAAACUGGAAAGGCAAAUUUCAAGAUCUGAAAGAUGGUUAUCAAAAAUUAAAUUCCGAAAUUCUUACAAGUACCUUUAGUAAGUUUCUGGAUAAAGUUUCUGCAUCGGAGCUUUUCGGCGAUCCGUAA